CUAUGUUUACUUUACCGUGAGCUGACCGACAGCCGCACGGCGACACUGUGUGGCCCGGAAAUGUGUCACCCGGUUUUACUCCAGAUCUGAGUCGGUGUCGGGUGAAAUUGAAUGGAAGUGAUGAGUGUCUCUGGGUCCAGAUCCGGAUCCGGGUCCAGAUCCAGAGACCUGCUGAGUGCCUACGACCUCAGUCUGGAGCAGCAGAUCCUGGUUGGAGGCUCCAGUCUGCCCUGUGGGGAUGAGGAGCUGUGGAAACAGGCCGAGGAGCUGCUGGAGGAUGGAGACGCUCAGGACACCCACUGCCUGGGUCUGGAUCCACUUGCCGUGAUGGAGGAGUCGCUUAAAGGGGCGGAGACAGCAGCAGGUAGUGGUGGACGGCGAGUUAAACCCAGAGCUGGUCUGCAGGGACUGGCCAAAGCCUUCGAGGUUCUGGAGUUGGCAGCUCUGAACCUGUACCUGGGCCCCUGGAGGGAGGAGUACAAGGUGGUGAAGAUGUAUUCUGGGAUGUUCACCCACCUCAUCAGACCCGUGUUCUCGGUGCAGCAGAUCCACCACCUGUUCAGCCUGCUGGGAUACCAGCCCUGCACAGCGCACCCACAGCAGCUCCGCCUCCAGCCUGCCUCCACUUCCUCCUCCGACCACUUCCUCCGCUGGUCCUGUGCCUUCUUCCUGGCCCGCUGUGAGUGUCGCCUCCUGCUGGCGGCUCUGGGGAGUCACGGUGGUGAAGCCCAGUGGGAGCUGAGUUUGGUGAGAGAGAGACGGAGAGGACACAGCGUCCAGGUUGCCCUUGACAAUGCUAAGAAGACUCUGAUGGUGCCAUUUGAUGGUGAAAGUGACAUGGAUCUGUACACCGACGACCAGGUCAACGGGGGUCACGAGGAGGCAGGCGUUCCUGAAGACCAGGAUCCCCGCUCUUUAACGUGGACUCCUGAGAGCCACACCCCCGCCAUCAAAGCUAACAGCAACAGGACGCCGUCCUCGCCAUCAGCGUCCAUAGAACACAUCUACAGAUCUGCGCUAAAGACCUCACUGCUUGACUCCGCCUCUGGUACGACGUUCAGCCGCCGGCCUCUGGGAGAGGUGGCGUCCAACAGGGCGGACGCGGAGUCGAGCUGUUCAUACACCAGCGGUUCAUGGUUCUUGAAGGAUGGGGCCGAGGUGGAUCACGCCUGCAGCUGUCUCCAGUCUUGUGAGAUUCUCUACCACUGCACUGACUGCAACACCUUCCACAACUUCACCUGUGCCUUGUUAGAACCCUGUCGUGCCAACGGCCACCAUGCGGUGUAUGUCGACAAAACAGCGGAGAAGAUGAAAGAAUUAACAGUCGGCGGCAGUGCAGCGUCCAUCCCCAUGGCCUACCACGACUGCUGCGAUCCCGCUCACCCUGACCCAGGUCAUCUGUGCUUCUCCUGCCGUGUCUUCCACUCUGAGUCCUGCACCGACGCCAAACUGUGCCAAAGCCAAUGCCACCGCAUCACAACCCUGGGAACCUGCUCCUUUGGGACGCGAUGUUGGGGAAAACCUUGUGUUCUGUGCAGAUACUGUGGAAAAGAAUACUGUAAAGACUGUUGGUUCCGGAACCCCAUCAACUGCACCUGUGGGCGAACCUUCGACCAGUCGUCCUCCGUGUAAUCUUGACAACCAGUGCUGCACUAAUGAGGAUCAUUUAACAAAGUCGCCUUAAAAUGCCUUAAAUCUGCGCAGAACAAGCCAAAGUCAAUCAGAACCUGUGACUCCGCCUCCACAGAGGAGGGUGGAGGGUUAAAGGUUAAAGGGAUUGUGGGAGUUUUAGAUGACGGUCAGAGAUGCUUUAAUCAAACACCAUCACUGAAGGUUUUAACACCUAGAGCUGUUUGAUCUAAAUGUACAUUUACACACUUGUCUGAUGGACAAACACAAAAAUGAAAACAAACACACAUAAACCAGACAGUGGAGGUGUGGCCAAUCCAGUUAAAUGGUAGUUUGCAUAAAAUAACAGAUAUUCUAAAAACAGCUGUAAAUAGUGUGAUAGAACUGACUCUGACCGUCAUCUACUGCCCCCCCCCCAUUAGAGCCUUUAAUUCAGUAUUACAUGUUUUUUUUUAACUCAGUUACUCAUUAUUCACUUCAUAGCCACAGUUUUGUUUUGUUUUUUAAAGCUGUUGAUAUUGUUACUGUUUGUGUCUUGAAUGAAAUUUGGUGCAAAAGCACAAUGAAUUCAGUUCAAACUAUUUGUUGUGUCUGUGAACACUGAAGUAAAAAUGGGUCAAAGUG